CUCAAAUAAUGACGUUUUUGACAUUGUUUUGGUCGUAAUCCAAGAAUAUCCCAUGAUAUAAAUAUUACGUGUACUCUAAGCACUGGGUAAAAAAGAUACUGAAUGCUUUAGCUGAAAAUGUUUAUAUUUCUUAAAAGCUCAUCAAUACUUAGUUAAACAUGGAGAUUCCAUAUAGAAAGAUUGCGAUUUACGUAUUAACAUUCGUAGCCUAUGCUUACACUGGCAUGGGCUCGAGUAUGUUACGAAACUUAAAAGAUGCAGUUUUAUCGGCUGAGUCUGUGUUUGGAGACAUGUUUAAGAAUGCUAUUACUGUAGCCGAGAAGUUCAGAUCUCUACAUGAAGUCUUCGACGCAGCUGUGGAAGAGAACUGCAUAUUUAGUUGCCCUGAAGGAUCGAAACCAGUUCGCAACAGAAACCACAUUCCUUCAUCUGAUGGCUGCGGCUCUCUUGGCUUUGAAAUUGCAUCAGAAUACUUGCCGCUCGAAGAAAUGACAAAAUGUUGUGAUUCCCAUGAUAUUUGCUACGAUACUUGUAACAGUGGGAAAGAGGCUUGUGAUCUUGAGUUCAAAAGGUGCCUCUACAACUACUGUGAUAGUUACAAGUCAGUAAAUGUAGCAGGAGAUACAAUUACAAAAGGUUGCAAAGGAGCAGCAAAAUUACUAUUCACUGGCACUCUAACACUUGGUUGUAAGUCCUAUUUGGAUGCACAGAAAAACGCAUGCUACUGUCCACCAGUAAAAAAUAAUAAAUAUAAGAAAUACCCAGGAAAUGGAGAUUUAUAAUCAGGCUUCUGUUUUGCUGUUUGAUUGUCCUUAGUUUACCAAAGAAUGUGGCUAAAAGCUUUUGUGAUACAUAUUUAUUCAAAUUUAAUUUAAAAAUCUUUGAGUAGGACACGUUACAUGCUUAUAUGGACAGCACCUUGUCUACCCACAGAUACCUAAAAGUUUCUGCACAACAACUUGUGCUAUGUUCCAUAAAGAGUUUGGUUACCACUGGAUUAAUGAAAUGAAAAUGGAAAAUGAAGAAUGUUGAUUUGGAUAAUUUUAAUAAUUCCAAAACUUGAUUGGCAACAGGUGUUAUAGGUUGGGUCCUUAUGAAGUAGGUAUUAAAACUAGUUUUAAGUAUAAUAUCAAAGUGAUUUAACAUGUACUUUGUUUAUACCUUUUUUAUAUGAAAAAAUAAAAGUUGGUUUGUUUA